AUGGCCGAGGACCGGCAGGUGAAAGUGAAACUCACCAUGCUGAUGCUACUGCUAGCAUUGUGUCUGCUGUCUCAUGGUGUAGGGAAUGUCUGUUGCUCCACCGUCCCUGAGAAUAGCACGGACAUGCUCGCCCUGAUUGAUUUCAAGGCAGUCACCACAGAUCCUUUAGGAUCCUUGAGCUCGUGGAACACUAGCAUCCACUACUGCAACUGGAGUGGUGUCACAUGUAACCAGAAGAACCACGGGCGAGUAACGGCACUCAAACUUUACAACCAAGGCCUGUCAGGCCCGAUUUCCCCAUCUGUUGGAAACCUAACAUUCCUUCAUACACUAGACCUGUCUACCAAUCAGUUCUCUGGCCAAAUACCACAUUUCAACAAUCUCCAGAAGAUGCAAAUCCUUAAUCUGAGCUACAACUCAUUGGAUGGGGUUAUUCCAGACACGCUCACAAAUUGUUCCAACCUCAAGGAGUUGCAUCUCUACCAUAACUUACUCAAUGGUGAAAUUCCUCGGGAAAUAGGUCUCCUUGAGAAACUGGUCUUUUUUGCCCUUAAUAACAAUAAUCUUACUGGGACCAUCCCGCCAACCCUUGGUAACAUCACCCAUAUAGAAGAGUUUUAUCUUCAAGAAAAUCAACUUGAAGGAACAAUUCCAGGUGAACUUGGCCACUUUUCAAAUAUUUCGAUGCUGGCCCUUGGGGGAAAUAACCUAUCAGGUACUAUCCCUGCAAGCCUAUUUAAUUUGUCCUUACUUCAAGAAAUAGAUUUGGGUACAAAUCAACUAAGAGGGAGCCUACCAAGCAAUAUGGGUGAUCGUCUCUCCAAUUUAGAAAUGCUAUACUUGGGCCAGAAUUGGCUGGAAGGUCACAUACCAGAUUCCUUAGGUAAUGCUUCAAUGCUACAACACAUAGUUCUACAGACUAACAACUUCACUGGUCCGAUCCCUAGCUCCUUCGGGAAGCUUUCAAGUUUAAUUAGACUAGACCUUGGUUUGAACAUGCUUGAAGCAAAAGAUAGUGAAAUCUGGGAAUUCUUACAUGCGCUAGAAAACUGCAGUGCUCUACAAGUGCUAGCAGUAUCAAACAAUCAGAUGCAGGGGGUCAUACCAAAUUCAGUCGGUAACUUAUCAUCUACUCUUCAGUACUUAAUUUUAGGUGGAAACAAGCUGUCAGGUACAAUCCCACCAAAUAUAGGAAAACUCUCUGGGUUGGUUAAAUUAACACUAGAUGAAAGCAGUCUCACUGGUAGCAUUGAUGGAUGGCUUGGAGACCUGAAAAACCUGCAGUAUUUGAAUCUUAGAAAAAACAACUUAAGCGGACCCAUUCCACCCGUCAUUGACAAUCUUAAAGGUUUGCUGGAGCUUUAUUUAGACAAUAACAAGUUUGACGGCCCCAUACCUCAGAACUUAGGAAAUCUUCAAACACUUCUAAAGUUAGACUUAAGUUACAAUAAUCUUCAAGGCAACAUUCCUCCAGAGGUUGGUAACCUUAAGCAACUCUUCAACAUACAUCUCUCAGCAAAUAUGCUUAGUGGAGAAAUUCCUGAUAGUUUCGGCCAAUGUCUAGCCUUAGCUGACAUCCAGAUGGACCAAAACAUGCUGACAGGGAGCAUUCCAGCAUAUCUUGGUAACUUCACCAGUUUGAGCGUGCUGAAUCUUUCACAUAACAGUUUAUCAGGCACCAUCCCAACAAAUCUAGGUGAUUUAUCAUUGCUUGACGAACUGGAUCUUUCGUACAAUCAUCUCCAUGGGCAAAUACCAACAAAUGGGGUUUUCAAAAAUGCCACUGCCAUUUCACUUGAAGAAAAUCAGGGCCUGUGUGGUGGAGUAGGCGAUCUUCGUCUGCCCCCCUGCCCAACAGGUUCUCAGAAAAACAGCAGCAAAUAUUACUUGAUUAAAAUAUUGAUCCCGGUGUUUGGCUUCAUGUCGCUGUUAGUGCUGAUAUGCUUUUUACUCCUUAAAAAGAAGUCGCCAAGAAGAAAAAAUUUAGAAUCGACCUCUUUAGGUGGCUACGAUUUCCUCAAAGUUUCUUACAAUGAUCUGGCACAAGCCACGAAUAGUUUUUCAGAAUCCAACCUUGUUGGGAAAGGAAUCUAUGGUACAGUGUAUAGAGGGACCAUAAAGAAAUCAAAAUUUCAAGUGGCAGUGAAGGUUUUCAACCUCGAGAUGCGAGGUGCGGGGAGAAGCUUCAUGGCAGAAUGUGAAGCAUUGGGAAGCAUUCGACAUCGAAAUCUUCUUCCCAUCAUAACUGCAUGCUCGACAGUGGACAAUGCUUUUAAAGCUUUAGUUUACGAAUUCAUGCCUAACGGCAACCUAGACUCGUGGAUACACCAGAAAGGGGAUGGAAAAGCUGCAAAGCGUCUAGGCCUAACACAAACAAUAAGCAUAGCGGCUAACAUUGCUGAUGCACUGGACUAUUUACACCACGAUUGCGGAAGGCCCACUGUUCAUUGCGAUUUGAAGCCCAGCAACGUUCUUUUGGAUGAAGACAUGAAUGCGCUUUUGGGAGACUUCGGCAUCGCAAGGUUUUAUGCUGAUUCUCGCUUGACACCACCAGGUUCAAUUAGUUCCAUCGGUGUGAAGGGGACCAUAGGCUACAUUGCUCCAGAGUAUGCUCAAGGUGGUCAUCCAUCAAUUUCCGGAGAUUCUUACAGUUUCGGGAUAGUACUUCUAGAGAUGAUGACAGGCAAAAGACCAACAGAUCCUAUGUUCAUGGACGGACUCAACCUUGUCAACUUUGUGGAGCGCAAUUUUCCACAUCAAAUCUAUAACGUCAUUGAUCCUCAACUCCAAGAAGAGUGCCAGGACCUAGCACAGAAUAAGAUGGUACCAGAAAAUGUAGUACACCAAUGCUUGGCGUCAUUGCUGCAAGUUGCACUUUGCUGUGCACAUUCAUUACCAAGCGAACGAGGGAAUAUGAAAGAAACAGCUAGCAACAUUCAUGAAAUCAAGACGUCACAUCUUGGAUGGAAAUUGAAGAAAUAA